GCGGAAGCCUUCCUUCGUAGCCGAUUUAACGAGAGCUUCGAGAGACUUUUGGAGAUCUGCAUUGGAUCGUAGUUUCAAUGAUGCAGCUCUCAGAAGUUCUGAAGCGACGGCGCAGACUUCUGGUUCGCACUUUGGGUCAUUGACUUGUUCGUUCGCCUCUUGGAGUCUCUUCGCUUCAUUUUUGUCUAAGAAAUUCGCAUUUGCUAGUUCUGUAGGACUGAGGACGGCAAUCGCAACAAGGCGCCGUCCGUCUUGCCCCGUAAGCAUUACCUGCUCUACCAAACCAUUGGUUCCGCCCAUGAUGGCAUCUUCCAAGGGCGUGGGUUCAAUGUUUUCUCCAUUUGAGAGAACAAUAGUGUCCUUGACACGCCCGGUCAAUAUAAGAUCGCCCGUGGCCGGAUUGAUACGUCCGAGAUCACCACUGUCAAACCAUCCGUAUUCAUCGAUGGCUUCCGCUGUCGCCUUAGGAUUCUUGUAAUAUCCCUUCAUGAUUUGCGGUCCACGUCCAAUGACGACACCUACUUCACCGUCGGGAAGGGAUGGUCUAUCGGAAGAAGCAGUCGCCUUCGAUUCGGGAUCAACGACCCGGACCUCUGUAUCGUAACAGGGUUUGCCGCAACAUCCAGCGGUGACAAGAUUUUCAUCCAACCUUCGGUAGGCUAGAAGAGGCGCACAUUCUGUAAGUCCAUAUCCAACGACAACUUUAAAUCCCGCUGUCUCGUAGAACUGCUCGAGGUUUCCUGCCAAAGCUGACCCCCCACUGAUGAUUGUUUUAAGAUUGCCACCAAAUCCCUCUUUCACCUUCGACCAGACAAGUUUGUCACCGACUGCGUUCAAAGGGGCAACCGCAGUCACAGCGGCUUUGCUUACAAUACGUUGCAAUCCAGAUGGGUCGUUAGAGUUUCCGACCGCCAAGCCUUUUGCAAGGGCGGCAUUCUUGGCACGAAUUUUCCCAGUCGCAGUGAAGAAUUUGCUCAAGAUCUUGACGGGGGCACUUCCGCUGGAAAACUUGUCUUGGACACCCGUGGCAAUCUUUUCCAGGACUCGCGGCACUAGGACCAACCAUUCUGGUUUGUGCUUAGCCAUAUCGUUUUUGAAAUGGCGGAUAGAUGAAUAGACAACCUUGCAGCCACGGGACAACAUCCAAAGCUCGAAAGAUCGUUCUGUAAUGUGCCAGACAGGCAAGAGCGAAACCAUUGUUUCUCCCGGUAGGGGUUCCGACUCUUCGUAAGGUUUCGAUGGAGCCAAACGGUGGCUAGUUUGGUGCAAAAGAUUACCAUGAGUCAGCAUAACUCCCUUCGGCCGUCCUGUCGUUCCAGAAGUGUAAACGAUAGUGGACAAAUCGUUUUUGGUAACCUUGGGAAAAUCCGAGACCCGAAUACUUGAUGCAGCAGAUUCUUCUUGUUCCAAAAGAUCGUCCCAAAAGGAAAUCUUGAUCUCGUUGUCGCAGCUUUCCAUAAUCGAUUCCAGAUCGGCCUGUGUUUUCUUCUCCCGAUGCAUCAAAAUGACGUGUCUGACAGGACCGUGCGACUCGUUUGACAAUCCCAGGCAGGACUCGUUCGAAGCAUUUUUGGCAUCCUUAAGAAGUUUGUUUAGAAGUCGUGGUCCCUGAAGGGCUACGAUACCUGCCGAGUCAGAGUGCUCAUAGAUGUAUCGCAACUCGUCUAGUGGCGCAUCAGCUCCGCGGACGGCAGAAACACCCCCAGCCCUCUGAAUUCCAUGAUCGACCUGUAGCCACCUGGCAGAAUUUUCUGCCAGGAUGGCUACAUGCUGUCCCUUUUUAAGUCCCAUUCGUCCAAAUGCCAAGGCAGCUUGGUUGACAACGGAGUUCAUUUGUUUAAAAGUAAGACUGAUCUUUAGUUUGUCGCAUAGGUGAUCGUCAAUAAGGGCGAUACCAUCAGGAUUUACCGAAGCAAGUUCGGUCCACAGUUGCGGGCAAGAAUCCAGUUUGGAAUCCCGAAUGGUUCGCAACUUGUUGAUUAGGGGAUCGGUAGAAGAAUGGUCGAGCUCGUUCAAUUUCAAGGUAGGAUCCUCAAGAACAUUUCCCGAUCGGUCCUUGGGACGGUGACGGUUGGGGUAGGGGGGGUGACGUUCUUCCAGCAUAUCGUGGCCAAACAAAAUAUUUUCAUCUUCUUCCGUCAUUCCAGAAUCGUCGUUGUUUCCGACGUUCUUUGAUUUCGAUUUCUUCACUUCCUCUGCGACUGCUGGUGCUUUUUGAAAAGGUAACGACGAAGAGGACGAUGCCGUCGACCGCGCCAUGUUAUUGACAUAUUUCACAUUGUUAAACGCAUCAACAGUCAAAUGUGAAUUCGACAGUGCUACAAAAAGUAGAAUGGCACUCCAUAACGACAACAUCGUUCUUGUAGAUGAUACGUUGUUUCUCGUCAUUCUUAUUUAUCUUCGAUUAAUGUAAUCUCGAUGAUCUUUCGCUGCAAAUACGACAGAGUGUACCGUUUUAGAGGGUUUGAUUCAAUCCGGGUUUUUCCGGUGCUACUGCCUGUUCUUUAGGGACGUCAAGUGUUUUACGGUCGAAACGAAUUGAAGUCGAUUCCUAAUUUGACGGCCGCAACUCUUUCGGGCUGAUUACAGAAGGUCGUUCGACGAGAUGAUAUCCAUGAGAAACCUUAGAGGUCCCUUUUUUGCAGUUGAUCACUUGGAACGUACAGAACCUAUUUGUACGAGUUUACACGUCGACACGUCUGUUCUCGAUAUUUGUGAAGGGGAAGAUGAAUUGAAAUUGAAAAAACAAGAUCACGAAAAUACAACGCGCCAAAAACCACCGCAAAAUACACACGCAAUCUUGAAACUUGAAGUUCUUCUUGCAUCCACGUGGAAGAGAUUUGGGAUUUGGAGUUCUCAACAGGAACCACUUUUGGUCCCCUUUCUCAUCUUUAAAGAAUUCACUAUCCCUAACACUAAAGUACAACCACUUGAAAACAGAUGUCGUGAUUUGAGAUUUAUCUUCUACAGUACGAGUAAACUCGUACCUGGUACCGUAGGACAAAUCUCAUGACAAGGAAUUGAUUUUGAGUUUUUCUCCCCCUAUUACAGUAUUCACUUGCGAGUACGAUUAAGAGUAUCGUACCGUAGCGUAGGUCAUGACCGACCACUGACCGAAGCGUACAGUAUGGUACGUUCCCGUUUCUCUUGCGGUAUCUUGUGGAUUGUGGAUACGAGUACGUACGGUACUACUCGUACAUAAAGGAAAAUAGGAUCCUUUAACCGUCAAGUUCAUUUCAGUUUGGAAAGAGCUACGGUACUGUAACUGAGUCGUUGUACUUCGUACUACUACCAAAAGUCGAAUCCGGAAGUAUUUUCCGACUGACAAAUGCCACACAAUUCUACCUUGAACGCAGUUCGGAGGAUCAUAUUCUCAUCACUUGACUAAGGUCCAUUCUCGACUCGAGCUCUAGAAUUUGGCUCCAAGAAUUACCUUUUUCUCCCAGUUUCUCCAUUCUUCGGACACAUGCAAAAAAUGAUUCUUUCCGUGGGUGUAGUGUUAUACCUCGCUACUACAACGCAUGGAUUUUUACUACCACAAACGGGUUGUCCUUCUGUCGUCUGUACCUCCAGGAACUCGAACCACUAUAAAAGUUUAUGCACCUUGUCAGAGAAAAAAUCGAACAGAAACAACUUAUCACGGAGGGAGGUUGUCGGCGCUUCCUUUUGCGGAGUAUUGGCUAAUCUAGCCGCUCCGAUGGGCGCUAAGGCUCUUCUGGCAUCCUCUGCUUCACUCGACGACACCAGCUCCGGGCUAGGAUCUACAUCGCAAGGUGCGCCAAUGCAAAAGGCAAUCGCAUACAGAACAAUAUCCUUACCCAUACCCGAGUUCGAUGUAAACGUUCCUGUGUCCAUUUGGUAUCCAUUUCAAAACGGGGCAAACGGUUCACAGCCAGCAGAAAUUAAAUAUAGCUAUCGGAUUUCCCUCCGACGCAUUGGGCAAUUGUUAGCCAGAUGGGAUUUUAUUCCAGAUUUCAUUUCCAAAAAUUUUGCGUUGAAUCCUUCCAUUACAACAGCAUCAACAGUACGGGUCGUCGACGGCGAGAACAUUCCGAUCUCUGUAACAUCGACUGGUACGAAUGUGGUGUUCUUGGCGCAUGGGUUCUUGGGCAGCCGCUCCGAUCUUGCUUAUCUCGCCGAAGAUCUUACCGCCCAAGGUUUUGUUUGUGUUGCUUCCGAAUAUCCCGAGUCUUUGGAGGCAUCAUAUCCCCGUUUAGAAGGCCUGGAUCGAGUCGUGAUCAAUCAACUCCUCAUUCCUUAUGUACAAGAUAUGGUCCCGCAACCGAUCCUUUCUUACUCGGCCAUCGGUCACAGUCUAGGAUGUGGGACCGUAUUACAGAUGGGAGAUGAUUCAUGGAAUCGUGUUUUAAUGGGCAGUGGAAAAGCUCCAGAGUUACCCUCACUAGGAAACGUCAAACCUGAAGUGUCUACAACCACCAAAUAUCAGACACCAGUCGUUGGGGGCCGUCUCUUGUUCAUUUCUUCUGUCAACGAUGGACCUGUUACGUCAUGGGGUGGUGGUAUUAAAAUUCCUCAGGGAUAUACGGUAUUAGAAGAAUCUCAGCUCGACACUGCAACAAAAUUCGAUCGUGCAGCAUUAGUCUUCGAUCGAGAGGACGCCCCCAAUCACAUUUCUUAUCUAUCGGAGAAUGUCAACGAUGCUAUGCUUUCAUUUUUGUCGCCUCUCCUUCCAGUCACCAAAGCCCUGAACAUCCCCGUACUUGAUUUCGAUAAGUACGCAAACAGUCGAGAUUCGGUACCCACCGGAAAUGUGUUGAAACCAUUGAUUUCAAAAUUCUUAUUGACGGCCCCUGAAUUGGCUUCCGCCAAUCAUUGAAGUAGCUGCGUUGGUCAAAAUGGAAUCUUCGAUCUUCAAUGAACAAACACAUUUAUGAAGUUUUGAGUGUUUCAUUUUUUUCUUUCUUCAAUAGCGUUAAUUUGUUUUCAUAAUUGCAGUCAAUUUGUCGCGAUAUGCCUUAUUCCAAGCUUGAGAAUGGACUCAAUUUCUGCUUGUAGAAGUCUCUAGUGUGCAACAGCUUCAUUUCCAUCUUCACAAUCACUCAUAGAUAUAUUUUGCUCACUUCAUCAUUCUUGUGACGAAUCUACGGUAGGUAUAAUACAUAAAAGUAUUGGUU